AUGACAAUCCUACAUGCAACCAUUCUCCACUUCCUGCGCCUGCUGCUAUUACUGCAGCCUCAGCAGGUAUCAUCAACAAAAUGGUUCCUCUUCGGAAGACCCCAUACCUUUGCCCAUGACUUGUACCGUACAAGACAAACGCGCGAGGCGGCUGUGGAAACCAAAUGGAUAGAGCAGCCCCUAGAUCAUUUCGACCCAGUCAUCCAGGCAGAGGGACUCACCUGGAGGCAGCGUUACUUUGAAUUCUUGCACCCCAAGGACCAACACCAGCAGCAGCAGCAGCAAAAUCUGCCCACGCCGAUGUUCGUAUACAUCGGGGGUGAAGCAGAGAUUUUACCUACAGAUAUCACAGAAGGCAAGGCUUUGGCUGACUUGGCCUUAUUCGUAACGACGGAAAGACUCAAGAGAGCAAAGGCCCAAGGUGUCUCCCCACACGAGAUACCGGUAGUCGUGUUUGGGUGCUCCUACCCAGGAGCUUUGGCUGCCUUUAGCCGCAUGAAAUAUCCAUUCCUCAUAUCUGGGGCCAUCAGUUCAUCCUCCCCCAUUAAAGCUAUUGAGGAGUUCCGAGCUUUCGAUUCUGUUGUUAAAAACAGUCUUCCCAAUUCCUGCAGAGACGCUGCUGCCGCUGCUUUUGCAGCCCUCAACAACAAAAUCAAUGAAGGACACAUCCAGGAUGAGGAGCUUCGUCGGUUUGGAUGCCAAGGUGUUGCGAGCAGCAGCACUCAGGAAAAAGUGGCGUUCCUGUACUCCAUCGUUGACGCAGUUGCGGAAGCUGUUCAAUAUAAUAGGCCCGUUGAGCGUCCUUUGAUUGACAGUUUCUGCACGCUAUUAGGAGCCCUUGCGGGGCCAACGCAUGAGGGAGCUGCAGAUACGCUGACCGAGACUAUUGCCGGGAAAUUCAGCGGCUUUAACGCGCAUGAAAAGUUCCACCUAAAUGAGAAGUUCCACCGCAGUGACGCAAGGAAAGGGGAGCUUCAGGGAGAGGCUGCUCAGGAAGUUGCAGGGAACCCGGUAGAGAGGGAGGCAGGGGAGAAAAGCCGAAGAGAAGAGCGCCUUCUUCAGGGUCUCGCACAAUACUUUGCAGAAUCCCUAAAGAGGAAAAAGGCGAAAUGCAAGGACGUAAAUAUGCUUGCAGCGACGGAAACCAAACUUGAUAACUCUAUACUGUCGAAUACAAGGCUGUGGAUGUGGCAGAGUUGUGCUCAGUUUGGUUUUUGGCAGGUUGGAUAUCCCGGGAGUUUGCGUCCUCAGUCUAUCAACGUGCAGUUCCAUCUUGAUGUCUGCAACAAGCUCUUCCCUCUCCCAAGUAAGGACAACCAAACCCAACUGUGGCAUAUAGGCAACCAGAUAUUCCGUAUCCUCAAAGCUGUACAUCGUCUUUUGAGCCCCCAUGAGACGAACGCCUGGGGGGGUGGAAGACAACUGGGGAUUCUCGGUGCAGCCUCAGAGAUUCACUUUACUAACGGAAAGGGAGGAUCUCAUUGUAUGGACUUCUAUGAGCCCGCAGCGUCGGAUAGCACGCUGUUGCGUGAGGGUAGAGAAGCCAUUAAGGAGGCGGUCAAAGGAUUUAUCGAGAGGCAUUAUGCAGCAAUAAGCAGCGGUACUAUACCUAAUGUAGAGACCGUAACAAAUGAUUCUAAAAGUUAUGCAAGCGGAACCACAAUCUACAGUUUCUCCACUUCCGAGCUCUAG